UUAAUCAGAUUACGAUUCAAAUUGGCGUUUUGAAUCACCGGUGGACUCACUUGGCUGUCUCAGACAAUGGUAUAGAUCCACACAUAGAACGGUGCCCUGGAGCUCACACCUUCGGUCUGUUGAAGUGCCGAUAAUGUAUGUUCAAGAGUAUCACCGCCUCUCCGUAUAAACCUCGUCUCCUCGUCCACAGACUUGCUCCUCCACAAGCUGUUCCCCGUCAACACGACCACCCCGACCUCUUCACCGACCACACCCCCGCAGCCAGAAAGAUGUGCUCUCCUAUGGAAAUCGACGAACCUCCUACCGGCAUGAAAGACGUCCCCACCGAACUACUUCAUAUGAUAUGUGGCUAUCUGGAGCCAGUCGACGUCAAAGCGUUCCGGCUUGUCAACAAAACCUUCGCCGAGAUCGGCGCGACGGGCUACCUUUUGCCAUCACUUUCUGUCAGACUAUCGCCUUCCAGCUUCCAGCAAGUCGAGGCUAUCGCGGAACACCCUACCAUCUCUCGAUAUGCCAGGGAGCUGGUGCUCCAUGGUCAGAACUAUACCUUUCCUUCCCGGCAUUGGCGGUUUGUUACAUGGGUUCUCCGCGAGUACAUGAUCGAGUUGAUCGAGGAAGGCGAUGAUAAGUUCUUGCGUCAGAACAGGGAUGCCAUCGGGCAUAUUCUCUACAAGCAUGUCGAAGCAAACCCAAUGGAAAUCUCGCGGAUCUACCCAUAUAUCGGUGGCGUCUUCACCAUGAAUUAUUUUCGCCCUCUUAUCAAGCAGCACGAAGAAGCAGUCAGCUGGCAGAACAAAAUGUGGGACGAGGAACUUGACCUUGCUAUCGUUUCCAAGGCUAUCAAGGCAAUGCCAUUGUUGAGAAGUAUCACCUUGGCCGCUGAAACUUCUCGUAAAGACAAGUCUUGGGGGGGCAUGUUCGGGGGGAUGAAGACCCUCAACUCACCUGGACUAGCAGCAGGAGUACGGCAGCUCGGAACGCUGCUAAUUGCGUGCCGAAACGCUGGCACGAAGUUCACAUCUAUGGAGCUCAAUUGUUUGAGCUGGCGAUUCUUCGAACACCUCCAAAAGCAUGACGGGCUUCAGCUAUUCAGAUCCGCUGCAUCCUGCCUGACAAGUUUCAGCCUUGAUUUAGCUACGUUCACGUUGCAGGAUGGUGUUUACGAAAACGUCGAAGCGGUAGAGUGCCGACUAUUCCUCGGGGGAGGCGUUCUGGGCCAAUUACUCCGCGACAUGACCAACCUUCAACAUUUACAGCUGUCGGCAGAUUCGACGGUGAAAUGCCACCGCCAUGACAAUUUGUGGAUAAGGCUGGAGGAUACUACUCGCGGAUUUGUUUGGCCACAUCUUACAUCUCUCACUCUCAAACAAAUAGCGACACAAGAAGAAAGUCUUGUAUUGUCCCUGGGCAAUCACAUGCCCACACUCAAAGAGCUCCACUUAGGCUCGCUCUUGCUUUCGUCUGGAAACUGGAUAUCUGCUUUCAGAAGAAUCCGAAAGCUGAUUCUGCAACACGACCUCGAGUCUCUUACUAUUAGUGGCUGCCAUUACGAGCAAGACUCUCUUGGGGGCUCUUGGUACAGAUUCGUGACAGAAUACACUUCGGAAGAAAGGCCUUGCGGUGCCGAUUGUACCCCGUACACGCACAACCGGAAGCUAGAACACUACCUGAUGCAUGGCGGCCAAUAUCCAACCGGUUGGCGAAAAUCAUUGCUGUUCGCAGACUUUGACGGAGACUUUUAGACAUGGGCAGAGAGAAAUCUGCCACCUGGAACACCAGUGCUAGAUGAGACCGGCAUGGCGGUGAACACCCAACUCCUUUGUCAAAUACAAUACUUGACAAUGGACAGGAUCUAUGUGCUAUUUGGCAUAUCAGCG